AUCCGAUAGACUCGCCCCGUUGUUCUGAGCGAGACAAGCAUCUUAGGGUUUCUGGCGAAGGGAAAGCUCUUGCGUUGCACAAUAGAAAAAAAGUAACCAAACUGGAAAAACGGCGGGCAUAUAUCAUAUUACGCGGGGAGUCACGAAGAAGAAAACCCUUCACUGUUUUGUGGUUCGACUGGUUUUCCUUUUUCAUAUCAGCAUGGCCUCUACAAUGAAAGAGACGAAUAAAAGACACGGGCGCUGUUCCAGAUCUGCAGGCGUCCGUAAGCGGAGUAUGAGAUGGAAAAGAAGACAUGCUGCGAUAGGACACGGAUGAACGGAUGAACAGAUGGACUCCCGAAUGGCUACAUGUAUCACUGCACUGGCUACAGUAUUGCUGUUCAUUCAGAAAUGCCCUGUGUUCAAACCCAGUAUGGAACUCUGCCUUACGAGAACAACCACUACCCCUCUGAGUUCCUGAGCUCCGACCCCACCGCCAAGUUGGUCAUGGACGUCAGUGGCCAGCGGGACCAGCUGUCCGCCCCCUCCCUGCCCAGCAUCAACACCCUGGUGGGCGGGUACGCCGGCGAGUUCGACGCCUACUCCUGCCAGAUCACCGCGUCCGCCGCCCCCGCCCCCGCCGGCUCGGGCCAGCAGUCGCCCUUCAAGCUGGACGACUUCCAGGUGUACGGCUGCUACCCCGGCACCUUCGCCCUCAGCUACCUGGACGAGACGCUGUCCUCCUGCGGCUCCGACUACUACGGCAGCCCCGUGUCCGUCUCCUCGCCCUCCACGCCCGGCUUCCAGGUCCAGCCCGUGUCCUCCUGGGAGCCCCCCUUCAGCCCCUUCUCGCCCGGCCCCGGGUGCUGGCUGGCCGAAAAGUCGGCCCUGCCCCAGCAGCCCUCGUUCUUCACGUUCAGCCCCCCGUCGGAUCAGCAGUCCCCCCUGGCGUCCCAGCAGCCCCAGGGGUCCGAGCAGGAGCCCUUCGGCCCGGCUCAGCACCACUCCUCUCCCUUGCACUUCACGCCCCUCGCCCUCGAUCAGGGGUGCUUGGACAGUCCCGUGCUGGCCGAGGGGCCCAUGUCGUCCCCCAAGGCCCGGAGCCCCGGGGCCAACGAGGGCCGCUGCGCCGUGUGCGGGGACAACGCCUCCUGCCAGCACUACGGCGUGCGCACCUGCGAGGGAUGCAAAGGGUUUUUCAAGAGAACUGUACAGAAAAAUGCUAAAUACGUGUGCCUAGCCAACAAAGACUGCCCAGUGGACAAACGGCGGAGGAACCGUUGCCAGUUCUGCCGUUUCCAGAAGUGCCUGGCCGUUGGGAUGGUGAAAGAAGUUGUUCGGACGGACAGCCUGAAAGGUCGCAGGGGUCGCUUGCCCUCCAAGCCGAAGAACGUGCAGGACUCGGCGUCCGCCACGCCUCCGGUCAAUAUCAUCGCCUCCCUGGUCAGGGCACACAUCGACUCCAACCCUUCACUGGGGAAGCUGGACUACUCCAAGUACCAGGAAACGGUGGCCAGCCUAUCAGAGAAGGAAGACGCCAGCGAUAUCCAGCAGUUCUACGAUCUCCUGACCAGCACCAUGGACGUGAUCCGCAAGUGGGCCGAGACCAUCCCCGGAUUCACUGACUUCUGCCUGGAGGACCAAGAGCUGCUCCUGGAGUCUGCCUUUGUGGAGCUGUUUAUCCUCCGGCUUGCAUAUAGGUCCAGCCCUGAGAAGGAUAAGCUGAUAUUCUGCAACGGCGUCGUUCUCCAUCGAAUGCAGUGCGUGCGUGGCUUUGGCGACUGGAUCGACUCCAUCAUGGACUUCUCGCAGAGCCUGCACCGGAUGAACCUGGACGUCUCGUCCUUCUCCUGCCUCGCUGCCCUCGUCAUCAUCACAGACCGCCACGGCCUGAAGGAGCCGAAGCGGGUGGAGGAGUUCCAGAGCCGGCUGAUCGCCUGCCUCAAAGACCACGUCACCAGCAGCGGUGGCGACUCCGGCCGGCCCAACUACCUGUCCCGCCUCCUGGGGAAGCUUCCGGAGCUGCGGACACUGUGCACCCAGGGCCUGCAGCGCAUCUUCUACCUGAAGCUGGAGGACCUGGUGCCCCCUCCCCCCAUUGUGGAUAAAAUCUUCAUGGACACCCUACCUUUCUGAGGGAAAGGAUACGAGACAAAGGAUACAGUUGUCUGAACGGUCCGGUGGAGGACAGGGGAAAAGCGGAAUCCUGUUUCUGUGGCCUUGGGGAUUGCUGGGACAUUGCGUUUUGAAGGGCGGAGCUUCCCCCCCCCCCCCCCCCCCCCAACCCCUUGCAGUGCACUGGCUGACUGGCAUCCAGCUAUCGCUAAGUGACUCGCGAAAGACAUUUGAAACAAUUUUUACUUAAAGAUUAACAUGAACUUGCUGCCAGCCACAGUGAAAGAAAGAACUGGACAUUGAUAUUUCUUUUCUGUUGUCUGUGGAUUACAUGCAGUGGUACAAACGGGGACGCGAAAAAACGACAGUGAACACUUUCGUAUAAUCGGUUUUGUACGUGUGUUACAUCAUGGCAUGGUGGCAGGGGCAUAAACCGUUCACGCACGUUAUAAGAGGGGGCAGGGAGAGGUCGGGCUGGCACACUAGAGCCUCAAGAGUAGGAGAGGACUAUAUAUCCAAAUAUAACAGCAGUAUUAAAGCUCAUAGGUUUGACUGCAAAAGGGGUUCCACUGCCCCAGCGCAGUGCAAACAAACUAUCGCAAGCCGACGGUUCAGGUGAUUUGAGACUCAUCCAGAGAAUCAGUAAAGUUAAGUCUCUUCGUUUUGGCUGCAGCCCAGAGAUCAGUCCCACGUUUCAAUGGCAGAUAUGAUCUGGAGCGCUGCUCAUCCUGGCUCUGAAAUAUCAAACGAUGCUUGCAGAGCAAUUUAUAUAUCGAUACCAGAACUUACAUCAGGAAAGGCCUUGGACCAAAAGAAGCCCAAAGGGGUGAUGGGGGGCCCUGGCUUUGUAGGUGAAAUAUCAGUACACCCCCUAAAGCCUUAUAUACCACAGUGACGCUAGGGCUGGGCGAUAUGGCCUAAAAGUUUAGUCACCAUAUGUUUUUAAUUUUGCAUGGUAGCGAUAUAUAUAUCAUGGUAUAUAUUUUUUCUCCCAAUUUCAACAGAAUAUGCAUUAAAAGGAAUACAAGACUCAGGCUAGUGACUGUUCCCUGUAGUUAACUAUAACUUAUAACUGUUACUAAUUAACCAUUUUUGCUUUCAUGUAAAAGUGUGCACCCACAUGUUUUUAUUGGCCUAUCAAUAUAGCUGUGUUGCCUGAAGUAACAGCCACAAGCAUUAGCAAGCUAUGAUGCAAUUGGUGUGAACAAUAUCUUUUCCUGGGCUCGACAUUAAGGAUUUUUUCUUUAUUAAAUACGAAUCUGCCAAUCAUCGCCAUCAAAUUAUGGAUGCAUUCUCCUUUGCCUAGGAAUUCAGAAUUUUGAGGCUAGAUGCUUGCAGUUUAACUGACGACAAAACUAUUACUGCAACAGUCAGUUAAUAAUAGUUAGUGCAUUCUUUCAAUCGCUUUUAGCUUGCUAGCAAUAAAUAAAGUACACAAGUUGGGUGGGUAGCUACCGCUAUUGUUUCAAUCUUACUUCAUUCAAGAGCUGAGCUUUAUUUUAUGAGUAAAUCUUAAACCAACUGAGACGUUUGUUGCUACAAAUUUUGAUAAAUAAUCAAGCUUAGGUUAGUUAGACUUAAAUUUGUAAGCAAGUGUCGGUACAAAAAUGAAUGAAUGCUAAAGCUGCAACAUUAUUUAUUGAUAAGUUUCUGUAGUGAAAGGACACAGUGGUCGCACUAGCCACUAGAAUGCUGUGUCUUUGGACCGAAGGACAUUUCGGAAAUUUUCUUUGAAUCUUGCAAUGCUACCAACAACUGUGUAAAUGUUGUGUUUAAGAAACAACACAAAUGUCAGACCAAAAAAUGAUUGGCUCAAAGGAACAUUGCAAUUAUUUUGGUGGUUCAAGUCUGGGUCACCGUCCCUUGUAAAAACACACCUCAGAGUAUCUAUGUUUAUAGAACGUAGCAUAUGUUUUUCCCUGUGUUUUAGGACUUUUUUGUGUAAAAGCAGUAAAAAAAGGUAAACAAAAAAAAAAACUUUGUAUUCGACCCAGAUAAGAUUUACUUAGGAUACUGGCCUGAUUGGACAGGUGACAAAUCAAUCAACUGCCUUGAACCAAUCUCAUAAUCCCAGGCCAGCGGGAACUCCUUAUUGCCGAGCCCUGUUUUCUGACCAAAAUCUUUGCACUCUAAUGUUAUCAUCAAAAUCCAUUCUUUACCGAUAUGGACGAUAUUGCCAAAUUCAUAUCGGGGUGCAUAUUUCUACCGGUAUACCACUUAUACCAUUUAUACCGCUCACUUCUCAGUGAGGCUUUAUAAUGUGUAGGAGAAUUUUGGUGACAUCAGUGUCUACUGUUGGGCAGAAAUCCUCCCUUGUGCACACCGUCUCCCAGAUCGCCUUGGUCUGUUCAAAGUUAAACGGAGUUCGCAAGUCUAGCAACAUUGCCACCCCAGGCAAACAAUCAGUAUAUUGUGCCUUAAGAAGAGAUCCUUAAACACAGAUUCCAUAUGACUGAAGAGUACGGCAGGCAAAAUGUGUGAAAUACUAAUGACUCAAAAUGAAGUAAAAGAAAGAGAGAAAUUGGCUGGAGAUAGCGCGUGCCCCGAUGUUCGUUGGCAGGUUUCUGGGCUUCAAGUGCCAUGCAAACUUUGUAAAUACUGCACAAAAAACAAACAAACAAACAAAAAAAA